ACGCCAGGACCGCUUUGCGGGAGCCCGUCGGCAGGCCACCGCUCUCCGCGGCGUCACCCAUGGAUCCAGAAGGAUCCGACGGGGCAUGUCCAGAAGACAGCACCAGGGAUAUGGAGCCUCCCGGCCCAGGCCAGGACGAUGACACCGGCUUCCUCCGCCUGGAAGUCGACGAGGACCGGGAAGAGCCGCAGGAAACCCAGCCUGUGGCGAUGUCGCUUACCGCGGACACGGGAGACACCGGAGACGGAGCGGCGGCGGAAGCGGGGGCCGAGGCCGCACCCGAGCAGGACCCUGCAGCCGCUGAAGUCGAGGAGGAAGCGGACGGCGAAGCCGUCGGCGACGGUGAUGGCGUCGGCAAUGGCGAUGGCGUCGGCGAGGAGGCGGACGGCCACGGCGCCGCAGAAUGUCCACCGCCUGGGCCAGGGCAGCCGGGGCCGGAGGGGCCGGAGGGCCAGCCUCAGCAGGGGGGGCCGCCGCCCCAGGCCCGGCGCUUCAUGUUCAGCCGGCUGCAGCUGCGCGAGCUGGAGAGCUUGUUCCAGCGCAACCAGUAUCCCAACGUGUUCAUGCGGUAA